AUGCCAACCUGGUCUUCCACUCUUGCCCUCGGGUGCUUAAUAGCACCCACGACUCUUGCCCGUACUAUUGGCUCAAGGAAAGAUUCCACACUCUGCGCAACAGAUAGUCGACAGACUGUCAACAAUGGAAGUGACACCUGGACUUGGCAGACCUACAAGUCUUCAAAUAUCACACCUCCAUACAUGACUAUCAACCGCACUGGCGAGGAUCUGGCAGCCGGUCACCUCUUCUUCAACCAAGAAGAUACCAGUGGCUACGGCGUGAAGUCAGUGGCACCGUUUAUUAUGUCCGAUGACAACCAGUUGAUUUGGGGUGGUUCCGAGGGUGAAACAUCAAACUUCCGCAAGCAAUACUUGGGAGGUAAGCCUGUGAUCACAUUCUGGACAGGCACAGGUGAAGCUGCGUAUGGUGCCGAUGUUGGUCAUGGAUGGGGUGAGGUAAAGAUGUAUGAUGACACUUACAAGUUGGUUGACACAAUCUGUCUGCAACUCAACUUGACCAUGCCGACUGAUACGACGACGGACUGCGAUGCCGAUGUCCAUGAGUCGACCAUCACUGAGGAUAACACUAUUUUGGUGACCUCUUACAACACAACCCAGGCGGAUUUGACAUCGCUGGGUGGACCCAGUGAUGGAUGGGUCUAUGACUCUCUCGCCGUUGAGAUUGAUCUUCGCACGAAGAAGCCUGUGUUCAUUUGGAGUCCGCUCGCUCACUUGGAUGUCAACUUGACUCACACCACCUACUCCGGAUCCAACCAGACUGCACCCUUCGACUGGUUCCACAUGAACUCCAUUCAAAAGUGGGGAGACCACUACUUGAUCAACUCGCGCCACCUUUGGCGUACAUUCCUGGUGAAUCGCCAGGGAGAGAUCGUCUGGUACAUUGAUGGCCAGGACGGAGGAGACUUUGGCAGUCUUCCUACCAACGGAAACUACUCCUGGCAACAUAUGGCUCGCCUCCGCAACACCUCUACAUCCAACGAGGUCUUGCUCAGCUAUUUCGCAAACGACCUCGACUCAUCCUCCGCCACCAACCCUUCAAAGGGUCUUACCCUCCGUCUCACCCUGCCUCCCAACCCCAAGAAUCCUCCCACCCUGGAGACCGACUUCUACGACCACAAAUACCCCGUCUCCUCCGCCGCCGAGGGCUCCUUCACACCACUCGACAACGGAAACACCCUGAUGGGAUACGGCGAUGAGCCCUUCAUCAAGGAAUACGGUCCAAACGGAGACGUCCGCUGGUCCGCACAGUUCGCAAAGAAGAACUUGGGCCAGACGUACCGCGUCUUCAAGCAGGAAUGGUCGGCAACCCCGUACUAUCGUCCCAGUCUCGUGGUGGACACUAUCUCUGCCGAGGAUACUCUGAGCCAAUGUGCCGGAACAUCAUCAACCCUGCGAGGAUAUGUUAGCUGGAAUGGAGCGACCGAUGUUGAAAAGUAUGAGGUCUACGCUGGUGACAGCGCGAACAGCCUUCGAUCGCUAGGUGAGGUGGAGAAAAAGGGAUUCGAGACACAGUUCUCGCUUCCUGCUGGCACCAAGGUGGUGCAAGUUGGUGCUGUGCAGUCUGGCCGUGUUGUACGGAAGUCUAAUGUUGUGCAUGUUUGA